GGAAUGUGUGUGUGUACCGUGUGUGUGUGUGAGGAAAAGGGGGCGGGGUGGUAUAUAUAUAUAUAUAUGUAUAUAUAUAUAUAUAUAUACUCCAUGUGUGAAAGUUGAUGCGAUAACGAAGUCCAGGCAAAGUCAGUGAGUGCCUACGCGCCCCCAUGCCGGGUAUUUUUGACCGUCGACUCAAAACCCUUCCCUUCCCGAUACCGCCGUCAACAUUGCGAACUCAUAUCAUCUCAACGCCACUGACCCGAGCCCCAACAGUGAGAGAGAUGGAGAGAGAGAGAGAGAGAGAGGAAAAGGAAGCGAUAUUAAAAGAGGAAUGAAGCAAGAUGGAAAGAAGGGGGGAAAAAAGAACUCCAACAGCCCACCAGCCGACAAGAGGAAAAACAAAAAGGAAACAAAAAAAAAAAAAGAUAUUAGGCAUGGGUCCAAAGAAACAACACAAAACCCCCGUAACAGACCACCAAAUAACAAAUGAUAAAAAGACAAGUUGAACUCCGCCCAACGUUUCUCCAGACCAGACAGGAGAAGACAGAAUUCCCCACAUUGACAUGACCUGGCGCCCGACUCGAGUCUCCCUUGCUCCCACCUUUUUGCGCUCUCCAGAAGCUUAACAACAGAUAAAAAAGAAUCCCAAACCCAAACCCCAGGACUCGUCAGGAUAUAACC